UCGGUUCGAACUCUCAGAAAAAUGAGAGUAAUAGCCUUCGUGAUCUUGUGCGCUCUUCAGUACGUAUCGUCGGCCGCGCCGCCAGACGACAUCGUGAAUGAGUUAAUAAACAUUUUCUCUGAUGGAAAUGCUUUGCAAAACAAAAAUGUGAGCACGAGUGAUGAAUUUGACGUCGACCAAACUGGAGGUGUAUGGGAGAAAUCGACAACACGCACGAAUUUCGAAAGGCAAGGACAUGCAAGCAGCGACGUGACAGGUGACGACGUCAAAGUCCGAACCAUAAGGAUUGAAGUAGACGCGUCAGGCCAUGAAAGGAUCUUUGAAGAAGACGUGAUUAUAAAGAAAGUACCUGGAAAAGCAUCAAGCUCCAGGGCUUCCAGUUCUGCUGCAAGCGCUAGUGCUAACGCCGCAAGCUCGUCAUACGAGCCACCAAGACCAUCGUAUGGCCAACCAUUGGUACCAUACGGAAAUCAAAGAUCAAACGGUGCAGUGUCCUCGAACGCAGCAGCCGCCAGCGCAGCAGGAGCAGGCAAUCAAGGAGCCGGUUACGGAUCUGGUUUCUACGGCAAUGGUAAAGGAUCUGGUGAACAAAUCGUUGUCAUCAACGGUGGAUCACCUGGCGCUGGUUCAGCAUCUAGUGCAAGUGCAAGCGCAGCUAGUUCUUCCUCCGGAGCCAAUGGAGGUGCAGGAUACUCUUACGGCCAAGAAGCAAAUGCUGCAGCAGCCGCUAUGGCCGCUAAUGCUGCAAAUGCUGCAAACGCCGCUAACGCUGCUGCAGCAGCUGCAAAUGCCGCCGCAGCCGCCGCUAAAUAUGAUAAUGAAUUAAGAGCUUACGGAGAACAAAGCUCUAAUGCAGUUUCUGCCUCAACGUCAUCUGUUUCAAGCGGAUCUGGUGAACAAAUCGUCAUCAUCAACGGUGGAUCAUCCGGUGCUGGUUCAUCAUCUAGCGCAAGUGCUAGUGCAGCUAGUGCUUCUUCCUCAGGACCUAACGGUGGAGCAGGAUACUUUAACCAACAAGAAUCAGAAGCCGCAGCAGCCGCUGCAGCCGCUGCCGCUGCAAACGCCGCCAACGCCGCCAACGCUGCUGCAGCUGCCGCCAACGCCGCAGCCUCUGCUGCUGAAUAUGAUAAUGCUUAUGGACCACUCGGUGGACUCGAUGGACUUGGUUCAGGUUUAGGUUACGGAUCGAACUCUGCCGGUCUUGGUAAUGGACCAUACGGCCGUGGAUUUGGACCAUACGGAAAUCAAGGAUCUAACGGUGCUUCUUCAGCCGCCGCAGCUGCCGCUAGUGCAUCUGGAGCAGGCAAUCAAGGAGCUGGUUACGGUGCUGGAAACGGUGCAGGUGAAAACAUCGUCGUUAUCAAUGCUGGAUCAUCUGGCGCCGGAUCGGGCUCCGCCGCAUCUGCUAGUGCAGCAAGCGCUGGUUCCGCUGGUGGUAACAGUGGUUCAGGACUAUCAGGACUCGGAUACGGACAACAAUACGGAGCCGGUGGUGCUGGAUCUGCCGCUGCUUCCGCUGCCGCUUCUGCUGCUGGUUACGAAAAUGGAAUUGGCGCACUCGGCGUCCAAGGAGUUGGAUCGGGACUCGGAUACGGAGGCAGUUCGGCAGCCGCCGCCGCCGCCGCCGCCGCUGAAGCAGCCUCUGCAUCUGGUUCGGGCUACGGACCAUACGGCUCAGCAUUCGGACCAUACGGAAAUCAAGGAUCUAACGGUGCAUCUUCCGCCGCCGCAGCUGCCGCAAGCGCAUCUGGCCCAGGCAACCAAGGAGCCGGCUACGGAUCUGGUCUCUACGGCAACGGAAACGGAUCUGGUGAACAAAUCGUCGUCAUCAACGCUGGAUCAUCCGGUGCUGGUUCAUCAUCUAGCGCAAGUGCUAGUGCAGCUAGUGCUUCUUCCUCAGGACCUAACGGUGGAGCAGGAUACUUUAACCAACAAGAAUCAGAAGCCGCAGCAGCCGCUGCAGCCGCUGCCGCCGCAAACGCCGCCAACGCCGCCAACGCUGCUGCAGCUGCCGCCAACGCCGCAGCCUCUGCUGCUGAAUAUGAUAAUGCUUAUGGACCACUCGGUGGACUCGAUGGACUUGGUUCAGGUUUAGGUUACGGAUCGAACUCGGCCGGUCUUGGUAAUGGACCAUACGGCCGUGGAUUUGGACCAUACGGAAAUCAAGGAUCUAACGGUGCUUCUUCAGCCGCCGCAGCUGCCGCUAGUGCAUCUGGAGCAGGCAAUCAAGGAGCUGGUUACGGUGCUGGAAACGGUGCAGGUGAAAACAUCGUCGUUAUCAAUGCUGGAUCAUCUGGCGCCGGAUCGGGCUCCGCCGCAUCUGCUAGUGCAGCAAGCGCUGGUUCCGCUGGUGGUAACAGUGGUUCAGGACUAUCAGGACUCGGAUACGGACAACAAUACGGAGCCGGUGGUGCUGGAUCUGCCGCUGCUUCCGCUGCCGCUUCUGCUGCUGGUUACGAAAAUGGAAUUGGCGCACUCGGCGUCCAAGGAGUUGGAUCGGGACUCGGAUACGGAGGCAAUUCGGCAGCCGCCGCCGCCGCCGCCGCCGCUGAAGCAGCCUCUGCAUCUGGUUCGGGCUACGGACCAUACGGCUCAGCAUUCGGACCAUACGGAAAUCAAGGAUCUAACGGUGCAUCUUCCGCCGCCGCAGCUGCCGCAAGCGCAUCUGGCCCAGGCAACCAAGGAGCCGGCUACGGAUCUGGUCUCUACGGCAACGGAAACGGAUCUGGUGAACAAAUCGUCGUCAUCAACGCUGGAUCAUCCGGUGCUGGUUCAUCAUCUAGCGCAAGUGCUAGUGCAGCUAGUGCUUCUUCCUCAGGACCUAACGGUGGAGCAGGAUACUUUAACCAACAAGAAUCAGAAGCCGCAGCAGCCGCUGCAGCCGCUGCCGCCGCAAACGCCGCCAACGCCGCCAACGCUGCUGCAGCUGCCGCCAACGCCGCAGCCUCUGCUGCUGAAUAUGAUAAUGCUUAUGGACCACUCGGUGGACUCGAUGGACUUGGUUCAGGUUUAGGUUACGGAUCGAACUCUGCCGGUCUUGGUAAUGGACCAUACGGCCGUGGAUUUGGACCAUACGGAAAUCAAGGAUCUAACGGUGCUUCUUCAGCCGCCGCAGCUGCCGCUAGUGCAUCUGGAGCAGGCAAUCAAGGAGCUGGUUACGGUGCUGGAAACGGUGCAGGUGAAAACAUCGUCGUUAUCAAUGCUGGAUCAUCUGGCGCCGGAUCGGGCUCCGCCGCAUCUGCUAGUGCAGCAAGCGCUGGUUCCGCUGGUGGUAACAGUGGUUCAGGACUAUCAGGACUCGGAUACGGACAACAAUACGGAGCCGGUGGUGCUGGAUCUGCCGCUGCUUCCGCUGCCGCUUCUGCUGCUGGUUACGAAAAUGGAAUUGGCGCACUCGGCGUCCAAGGAGUUGGAUCGGGACUCGGAUACGGAGGCAAUUCGGCAGCCGCCGCCGCCGCCGCCGCCGCUGAAGCAGCCUCUGCAUCUGGUUCGGGCUACGGACCAUACGGCUCAGCAUUCGGACCAUACGGAAAUCAAGGAUCUAACGGUGCAUCUUCCGCCGCCGCAGCUGCCGCAAGCGCAUCUGGCCCAGGCAACCAAGGAGCCGGCUACGGAUCUGGUCUCUACGGCAACGGAAACGGAUCUGGUGAACAAAUCGUCGUCAUCAACGCUGGAUCAUCCGGUGCUGGUUCAUCAUCUAGCGCAAGUGCUAGUGCAGCUAGUGCUUCUUCCUCAGGACCUAACGGUGGAGCAGGAUACUUUAACCAACAAGAAUCAGAAGCCGCAGCAGCCGCUGCAGCCGCUGCCGCCGCAAACGCCGCCAACGCCGCCAACGCUGCUGCAGCUGCCGCCAACGCCGCAGCCUCUGCUGCUGAAUAUGAUAAUGCUUAUGGACCACUCGGUGGACUCGAUGGACUUGGUUCAGGUUUAGGUUACGGAUCGAACUCUGCCGGUCUUGGUAAUGGACCAUACGGCCGUGGAUUUGGACCAUACGGAAAUCAAGGAUCUAACGGUGCUUCUUCAGCCGCCGCAGCUGCCGCUAGUGCAUCUGGAGCAGGCAAUCAAGGAGCUGGUUACGGUGCUGGAAACGGUGCAGGUGAAAACAUCGUCGUUAUCAAUGCUGGAUCAUCUGGCGCCGGAUCGGGCUCCGCCGCAUCUGCUAGUGCAGCAAGCGCUGGUUCCGCUGGUGGUAACAGUGGUUCAGGACUAUCAGGACUCGGAUACGGACAACAAUACGGAGCCGGUGGUGCUGGAUCUGCCGCUGCUUCCGCUGCCGCUUCUGCUGCUGGUUACGAAAAUGGAAUUGGCGCACUCGGCGUCCAAGGAGUUGGAUCGGGACUCGGAUACGGAGGCAAUUCGGCAGCCGCCGCCGCCGCCGCCGCCGCUGAAGCAGCCUCUGCAUCUGGUUCGGGCUACGGACCAUACGGCUCAGCAUUCGGACCAUACGGAAAUCAAGGAUCUAACGGUGCAUCUUCCGCCGCCGCAGCUGCCGCAAGCGCAUCGGCCCAGGCAACCAAGGAGCCGGCUACGGAUCGCUCCGCCGCAUCUGCUAGUGCAGCAAGCGCUGGUUCCGCUGGUGGUAACAGUGGUUCAGGACUAUCAGGACUCGGAUACGGACAACAAUACGGAGCCGGUGGUGCUGGAUCUGCCGCUGCUUCCGCUGCCGCUUCUGCUGCUGGUUACGAAAAUGGAAUUGGCGCACUCGGCGUCCAAGGAGUUGGAUCGGGACUCGGAUACGGAGGCAAUUCGGCAGCCGCCGCCGCCGCCGCCGCCGCUGAAGCAGCCUCUGCAUCUGGUUCGGGCUACGGACCAUACGGCUCAGCAUUCGGACCAUACGGAAAUCAAGGAUCUAACGGUGCAUCUUCCGCCGCCGCAGCUGCCGCAAGCGCAUCUGGCCCAGGCAACCAAGGAGCCGGCUACGGAUCUGGUCUCUACGGCAACGGAAACGGAUCUGGUGAACAAAUCGUCGUCAUCAACGCUGGAUCAUCCGGUGCUGGUUCAUCAUCUAGCGCAAGUGCUAGUGCAGCUAGUGCUUCUUCCUCAGGACCUAACGGUGGAGCAGGAUACUUUAACCAACAAGAAUCAGAAGCCGCAGCAGCCGCUGCAGCCGCUGCCGCCGCAAACGCCGCCAACGCCGCCAACGCUGCUGCAGCUGCCGCCAACGCCGCAGCCUCUGCUGCUGAAUAUGAUAAUGCUUAUGGACCACUCGGUGGACUCGAUGGACUUGGUUCAGGUUUAGGUUACGGAUCGAACUCUGCCGGUCUUGGUAAUGGACCAUACGGCCGUGGAUUUGGACCAUACGGAAAUCAAGGAUCUAACGGUGCUUCUUCAGCCGCCGCAGCUGCCGCUAGUGCAUCUGGAGCAGGCAAUCAAGGAGCUGGUUACGGUGCUGGAAACGGUGCAGGUGAAAACAUCGUCGUUAUCAAUGCUGGAUCAUCUGGCGCCGGAUCGGGCUCCGCCGCAUCUGCUAGUGCAGCAAGCGCUGGUUCCGCUGGUGGUAACAGUGGUUCAGGACUAUCAGGACUCGGAUACGGACAACAAUACGGAGCCGGUGGUGCUGGAUCUGCCGCUGCUUCCGCUGCCGCUUCUGCUGCUGGUUACGAAAAUGGAAUUGGCGCACUCGGCGUCCAAGGAGUUGGAUCGGGACUCGGAUACGGAGGCAAUUCGGCAGCCGCCGCCGCCGCCGCCGCCGCUGAAGCAGCCUCUGCAUCUGGUUCGGGCUACGGACCAUACGGCUCAGCAUUCGGACCAUACGGAAAUCAAGGAUCUAACGGUGCAUCUUCCGCCGCCGCAGCUGCCGCAAGCGCAUCUGGCCCAGGCAACCAAGGAGCCGGCUACGGAUCUGGUCUCUACGGCAACGGAAACGGAUCUGGUGAACAAAUCGUCGUCAUCAACGCUGGAUCAUCCGGUGCUGGUUCAUCAUCUAGCGCAAGUGCUAGUGCAGCUAGUGCUUCUUCCUCAGGACCUAACGGUGGAGCAGGAUACUUUAACCAACAAGAAUCAGAAGCCGCAGCAGCCGCUGCAGCCGCUGCCGCCGCAAACGCCGCCAACGCCGCCAACGCUGCUGCAGCUGCCGCCAACGCCGCAGCCUCUGCUGCUGAAUAUGAUAAUGCUUAUGGACCACUCGGUGGACUCGAUGGACUUGGUUCAGGUUUAGGUUACGGAUCGAACUCUGCCGGUCUUGGUAAUGGACCAUACGGCCGUGGAUUUGGACCAUACGGAAAUCAAGGAUCUAACGGUGCUUCUUCAGCCGCCGCAGCUGCCGCUAGUGCAUCUGGAGCAGGCAAUCAAGGAGCUGGUUACGGUGCUGGAAACGGUGCAGGUGAAAACAUCGUCGUUAUCAAUGCUGGAUCAUCUGGCGCCGGAUCGGGCUCCGCCGCAUCUGCUAGUGCAGCAAGCGCUGGUUCCGCUGGUGGUAACAGUGGUUCAGGACUAUCAGGACUCGGAUACGGACAACAAUACGGAGCCGGUGGUGCUGGAUCUGCCGCUGCUUCCGCUGCCGCUUCUGCUGCUGGUUACGAAAAUGGAAUUGGCGCACUCGGCGUCCAAGGAGUUGGAUCGGGACUCGGAUACGGAGGCAAUUCGGCAGCCGCCGCCGCCGCCGCCGCCGCUGAAGCAGCCUCUGCAUCUGGUUCGGGCUACGGACCAUACGGCUCAGCAUUCGGACCAUACGGAAAUCAAGGAUCUAACGGUGCAUCUUCCGCCGCCGCAGCUGCCGCAAGCGCAUCUGGCCCAGGCAACCAAGGAGCCGGCUACGGAUCUGGUCUCUACGGCAACGGAAACGGAUCUGGUGAACAAAUCGUCGUCAUCAACGCUGGAUCAUCCGGUGCUGGUUCAUCAUCUAGCGCAAGUGCUAGUGCAGCUAGUGCUUCUUCCUCAGGACCUAACGGUGGAGCAGGAUACUUUAACCAACAAGAAUCAGAAGCCGCAGCAGCCGCUGCAGCCGCUGCCGCCGCAAACGCCGCCAACGCCGCCAACGCUGCUGCAGCUGCCGCCAACGCCGCAGCCUCUGCUGCUGAAUAUGAUAAUGCUUAUGGACCACUCGGUGGACUCGAUGGACUUGGUUCAGGUUUAGGUUACGGAUCGAACUCUGCCGGUCUUGGUAAUGGACCAUACGGCCGUGGAUUUGGACCAUACGGAAAUCAAGGAUCUAACGGUGCUUCUUCAGCCGCCGCAGCUGCCGCUAGUGCAUCUGGAGCAGGCAAUCAAGGAGCUGGUUACGGUGCUGGAAACGGUGCAGGUGAAAACAUCGUCGUUAUCAAUGCUGGAUCAUCUGGCGCCGGAUCGGGCUCCGCCGCAUCUGCUAGUGCAGCAAGCGCUGGUUCCGCUGGUGGUAACAGUGGUUCAGGACUAUCAGGACUCGGAUACGGACAACAAUACGGAGCCGGUGGUGCUGGAUCUGCCGCUGCUUCCGCUGCCGCUUCUGCUGCUGGUUACGAAAAUGGAAUUGGCGCACUCGGCGUCCAAGGAGUUGGAUCGGGACUCGGAUACGGAGGCAAUUCGGCAGCCGCCGCCGCCGCCGCCGCCGCUGAAGCAGCCUCUGCAUCUGGUUCGGGCUACGGACCAUACGGCUCAGCAUUCGGACCAUACGGAAAUCAAGGAUCUAACGGUGCAUCUUCCGCCGCCGCAGCUGCCGCAAGCGCAUCCGGCCCAGGCAACCAAGGAGCCGGCUACGGAUCUGGUCUCUACGGCAACGGAAACGGAUCUGGUGAACAAAUCGUCGUCAUCAACGCUGGAUCAUCCGGUGCUGGUUCAUCAUCUAGCGCAAGUGCUAGUGCAGCUAGUGCUUCUUCCUCAGGACCUAACGGUGGAGCAGGAUACUUUAACCAACAAGAAUCAGAAGCCGCAGCAGCCGCUGCAGCCGCUGCCGCCGCAAACGCCGCCAACGCCGCCAACGCUGCUGCAGCUGCCGCCAACGCCGCAGCCUCUGCUGCUGAAUAUGAUAAUGCUUAUGGACCACUCGGUGGACUCGAUGGACUUGGUUCAGGUUUAGGUUACGGAUCGAACUCUGCCGGUCUUGGUAAUGGACCAUACGGCCGUGGAUUUGGACCAUACGGAAAUCAAGGAUCUAACGGUGCUUCUUCAGCCGCCGCAGCUGCCGCUAGUGCAUCUGGAGCAGGCAAUCAAGGAGCUGGUUACGGUGCUGGAAACGGUGCAGGUGAAAACAUCGUCGUUAUCAAUGCUGGAUCAUCUGGCGCCGGAUCGGGCUCCGCCGCAUCUGCUAGUGCAGCAAGCGCUGGUUCCGCUGGUGGUAACAGUGGUUCAGGACUAUCAGGACUCGGAUACGGACAACAAUACGGAGCCGGUGGUGCUGGAUCUGCCGCUGCUUCCGCUGCCGCUUCUGCUGCUGGUUACGAAAAUGGAAUUGGCGCACUCGGCGUCCAAGGAGUUGGAUCGGGACUCGGAUACGGAGGCAAUUCGGCAGCCGCCGCCGCCGCCGCCGCCGCUGAAGCAGCCUCUGCAUCUGGUUCGGGCUACGGACCAUACGGCUCAGCAUUCGGACCAUACGGAAAUCAAGGAUCUAACGGUGCAUCUUCCGCCGCCGCAGCUGCCGCAAGCGCAUCUGGCCCAGGCAACCAAGGAGCCGGCUACGGAUCUGGUCUCUACGGCAACGGAAACGGAUCUGGUGAACAAAUCGUCGUCAUCAACGCUGGAUCAUCCGGUGCUGGUUCAUCAUCUAGCGCAAGUGCUAGUGCAGCUAGUGCUUCUUCCUCAGGACCUAACGGUGGAGCAGGAUACUUUAACCAACAAGAAUCAGAAGCCGCAGCAGCCGCUGCAGCCGCUGCCGCCGCAAACGCCGCCAACGCCGCCAACGCUGCUGCAGCUGCCGCCAACGCCGCAGCCUCUGCUGCUGAAUAUGAUAAUGCUUAUGGACCACUCGGUGGACUCGAUGGACUUGGUUCAGGUUUAGGUUACGGAUCGAACUCUGCCGGUCUUGGUAAUGGACCAUACGGCCGUGGAUUUGGACCAUACGGAAAUCAAGGAUCUAACGGUGCUUCUUCAGCCGCCGCAGCUGCCGCUAGUGCAUCUGGAGCAGGCAAUCAAGGAGCUGGUUACGGUGCUGGAAACGGUGCAGGUGAAAACAUCGUCGUUAUCAAUGCUGGAUCAUCUGGCGCCGGAUCGGGCUCCGCCGCAUCUGCUAGUGCAGCAAGCGCUGGUUCCGCUGGUGGUAACAGUGGUUCAGGACUAUCAGGACUCGGAUACGGACAACAAUACGGAGCCGGUGGUGCUGGAUCUGCCGCUGCUUCCGCUGCCGCUUCUGCUGCUGGUUACGAAAAUGGAAUUGGCGCACUCGGCGUCCAAGGAGUUGGAUCGGGACUCGGAUACGGAGGCAAUUCGGCAGCCGCCGCCGCCGCCGCCGCCGCUGAAGCAGCCUCUGCAUCUGGUUCGGGCUACGGACCAUACGGCUCAGCAUUCGGACCAUACGGAAAUCAAGGAUCUAACGGUGCAUCUUCCGCCGCCGCAGCUGCCGCAAGCGCAUCUGGCCCAGGCAACCAAGGAGCCGGCUACGGAUCUGGUCUCUACGGCAACGGAAACGGAUCUGGUGAACAAAUCGUCGUCAUCAACGCUGGAUCAUCCGGUGCUGGUUCAUCAUCUAGCGCAAGUGCUAGUGCAGCUAGUGCUUCUUCCUCAGGACCUAACGGUGGAGCAGGAUACUUUAACCAACAAGAAUCAGAAGCCGCAGCAGCCGCUGCAGCCGCUGCCGCCGCAAACGCCGCCAACGCCGCCAACGCUGCUGCAGCUGCCGCCAACGCCGCAGCCUCUGCUGCUGAAUAUGAUAAUGCUUAUGGACCACUCGGUGGACUCGAUGGACUUGGUUCAGGUUUAGGUUACGGAUCGAACUCUGCCGGUCUUGGUAAUGGACCAUACGGCCGUGGAUUUGGACCAUACGGAAAUCAAGGAUCUAACGGUGCUUCUUCAGCCGCCGCAGCUGCCGCUAGUGCAUCUGGAGCAGGCAAUCAAGGAGCUGGUUACGGUGCUGGAAACGGUGCAGGUGAAAACAUCGUCGUUAUCAAUGCUGGAUCAUCUGGCGCCGGAUCGGGCUCCGCCGCAUCUGCUAGUGCAGCAAGCGCUGGUUCCGCUGGUGGUAACAGUGGUUCAGGACUAUCAGGACUCGGAUACGGACAACAAUACGGAGCCGGUGGUGCUGGAUCUGCCGCUGCUUCCGCUGCCGCUUCUGCUGCUGGUUACGAAAAUGGAAUUGGCGCACUCGGCGUCCAAGGAGUUGGAUCGGGACUCGGAUACGGAGGCAAUUCGGCAGCCGCCGCCGCCGCCGCCGCCGCUGAAGCAGCCUCUGCAUCUGGUUCGGGCUACGGACCAUACGGCUCAGCAUUCGGACCAUACGGAAAUCAAGGAUCUAACGGUGCAUCUUCCGCCGCCGCAGCUGCCGCAAGCGCAUCUGGCCCAGGCAACCAAGGAGCCGGCUACGGAUCUGGUCUCUACGGCAACGGAAACGGAUCUGGUGAACAAAUCGUCGUCAUCAACGCUGGAUCAUCCGGUGCUGGUUCAUCAUCUAGCGCAAGUGCUAGUGCAGCUAGUGCUUCUUCCUCAGGACCUAACGGUGGAGCAGGAUACUUUAACCAACAAGAAUCAGAAGCCGCAGCAGCCGCUGCAGCCGCUGCCGCCGCAAACGCCGCCAACGCCGCCAACGCUGCUGCAGCUGCCGCCAACGCCGCAGCCUCUGCUGCUGAAUAUGAUAAUGCUUAUGGACCACUCGGUGGACUCGAUGGACUUGGUUCAGGUUUAGGUUACGGAUCGAACUCUGCCGGUCUUGGUAAUGGACCAUACGGCCGUGGAUUUGGACCAUACGGAAAUCAAGGAUCUAACGGUGCUUCUUCAGCCGCCGCAGCUGCCGCUAGUGCAUCUGGAGCAGGCAAUCAAGGAGCUGGUUACGGUGCUGGAAACGGUGCAGGUGAAAACAUCGUCGUUAUCAAUGCUGGAUCAUCUGGCGCCGGAUCGGGCUCCGCCGCAUCUGCUAGUGCAGCAAGCGCUGGUUCCGCUGGUGGUAACAGUGGUUCAGGACUAUCAGGACUCGGAUACGGACAACAAUACGGAGCCGGUGGUGCUGGAUCUGCCGCUGCUUCCGCUGCCGCUUCUGCUGCUGGUUACGAAAAUGGAAUUGGCGCACUCGGCGUCCAAGGAGUUGGAUCGGGACUCGGAUACGGAGGCAAUUCGGCAGCCGCCGCCGCCGCCGCCGCCGCUGAAGCAGCCUCUGCAUCUGGUUCGGGCUACGGACCAUACGGCUCAGCAUUCGGACCAUACGGAAAUCAAGGAUCUAACGGUGCAUCUUCCGCCGCCGCAGCUGCCGCAAGCGCAUCUGGCCCAGGCAACCAAGGAGCCGGCUACGGAUCUGGUCUCUACGGCAACGGAAACGGAUCUGGUGAACAAAUCGUCGUCAUCAACGCUGGAUCAUCCGGUGCUGGUUCAUCAUCUAGCGCAAGUGCUAGUGCAGCUAGUGCUUCUUCCUCAGGACCUAACGGUGGAGCAGGAUACUUUAACCAACAAGAAUCAGAAGCCGCAGCAGCCGCUGCAGCCGCUGCCGCCGCAAACGCCGCCAACGCCGCCAACGCUGCUGCAGCUGCCGCCAACGCCGCAGCCUCUGCUGCUGAAUAUGAUAAUGCUUAUGGACCACUCGGUGGACUCGAUGGACUUGGUUCAGGUUUAGGUUACGGAUCGAACUCUGCCGGUCUUGGUAAUGGACCAUACGGCCGUGGAUUUGGACCAUACGGAAAUCAAGGAUCUAACGGUGCUUCUUCAGCCGCCGCAGCUGCCGCUAGUGCAUCUGGAGCAGGCAAUCAAGGAGCUGGUUACGGUGCUGGAAACGGUGCAGGUGAAAACAUCGUCGUUAUCAAUGCUGGAUCAUCUGGCGCCGGAUCGGGCUCCGCCGCAUCUGCUAGUGCAGCAAGCGCUGGUUCCGCUGGUGGUAACAGUGGUUCAGGACUAUCAGGACUCGGAUACGGACAACAAUACGGAGCCGGUGGUGCUGGAUCUGCCGCUGCUUCCGCUGCCGCUUCUGCUGCUGGUUACGAAAAUGGAAUUGGCGCACUCGGCGUCCAAGGAGUUGGAUCGGGACUCGGAUACGGAGGCAGUUCGGCAGCCGCCGCCGCCGCCGCCGCCGCUGAAGCAGCCUCUGCAUCUGGUUCGGGCUACGGACCAUACGGCUCAGCAUUCGGACCAUACGGAAAUCAAGGAUCUAACGGUGCAUCUUCCGCCGCCGCAGCUGCCGCAAGCGCAUCUGGCCCAGGCAACCAAGGAGCCGGCUACGGAUCUGGUCUCUACGGCAACGGAAACGGAUCUGGUGAACAAAUCGUCGUCAUCAACGCUGGAUCAUCCGGUGCUGGUUCAUCAUCUAGCGCAAGUGCUAGUGCAGCUAGUGCUUCUUCCUCAGGACCUAACGGUGGAGCAGGAUACUUUAACCAACAAGAAUCAGAAGCCGCAGCAGCCGCUGCAGCCGCUGCCGCCGCAAACGCCGCCAACGCCGCCAACGCUGCUGCAGCUGCCGCCAACGCCGCAGCCUCUGCUGCUGAAUAUGAUAAUGCUUAUGGACCACUCGGUGGACUCGAUGGACUUGGUUCAGGUUUAGGUUACGGAUCGAACUCUGCCGGUCUUGGUAAUGGACCAUACGGCCGUGGAUUUGGACCAUACGGAAAUCAAGGAUCUAACGGUGCUUCUUCAGCCGCCGCAGCUGCCGCUAGUGCAUCUGGAGCAGGCAAUCAAGGAGCUGGUUACGGUGCUGGAAACGGUGCAGGUGAAAACAUCGUCGUUAUCAAUGCUGGAUCAUCUGGCGCCGGAUCGGGCUCCGCCGCAUCUGCUAGUGCAGCAAGCGCUGGUUCCGCUGGUGGUAACAGUGGUUCAGGACUAUCAGGACUCGGAUACGGACAACAAUACGGAGCCGGUGGUGCUGGAUCUGCCGCUGCUUCCGCUGCCGCUUCUGCUGCUGGUUACGAAAAUGGAAUUGGCGCACUCGGCGUCCAAGGAGUUGGAUCGGGACUCGGAUACGGAGGCAAUUCGGCAGCCGCCGCCGCCGCCGCCGCCGCUGAAGCAGCCUCUGCAUCUGGUUCGGGCUACGGACCAUACGGCUCAGCAUUCGGACCAUACGGAAAUCAAGGAUCUAACGGUGCAUCUUCCGCCGCCGCAGCUGCCGCAAGCGCAUCCGGCCCAGGCAACCAAGGAGCCGGCUACGGAUCUGGUCUCUACGGCAACGGAAACGGAUCUGGUGAACAAAUCGUCGUCAUCAACGCUGGAUCAUCCGGUGCUGGUUCAUCAUCUAGCGCAAGUGCUAGUGCAGCUAGUGCUUCUUCCUCAGGACCUAACGGUGGAGCAGGAUACUUUAACCAACAAGAAUCAGAAGCCGCAGCAGCCGCUGCAGCCGCUGCCGCCGCAAACGCCGCCAACGCCGCCAACGCUGCUGCAGCUGCCGCCAACGCCGCAGCCUCUGCUGCUGAAUAUGAUAAUGCUUAUGGACCACUCGGUGGACUCGAUGGACUUGGUUCAGGUUUAGGUUACGGAUCGAACUCUGCCGGUCUUGGUAAUGGACCAUACGGCCGUGGAUUUGGACCAUACGGAAAUCAAGGAUCUAACGGUGCUUCUUCAGCCGCCGCAGCUGCCGCUAGUGCAUCUGGAGCAGGCAAUCAAGGAGCUGGUUACGGUGCUGGAAACGGUGCAGGUGAAAACAUCGUCGUUAUCAAUGCUGGAUCAUCUGGCGCCGGAUCGGGCUCCGCCGCAUCUGCUAGUGCAGCAAGCGCUGGUUCCGCUGGUGGUAACAGUGGUUCAGGACUAUCAGGACUCGGAUACGGACAACAAUACGGAGCCGGUGGUGCUGGAUCUGCCGCUGCUUCCGCUGCCGCUUCUGCUGCUGGUUACGAAAAUGGAAUUGGCGCACUCGGCGUCCAAGGAGUUGGAUCGGGACUCGGAUACGGAGGCAAUUCGGCAGCCGCCGCCGCCGCCGCCGCCGCUGAAGCAGCCUCUGCAUCUGGUUCGGGCUACGGACCAUACGGCUCAGCAUUCGGACCAUACGGAAAUCAAGGAUCUAACGGUGCAUCUUCCGCCGCCGCAGCUGCCGCAAGCGCAUCUGGCCCAGGCAACCAAGGAGCCGGCUACGGAUCUGGUCUCUACGGCAACGGAAACGGAUCUGGUGAACAAAUCGUCGUCAUCAACGCUGGAUCAUCCGGUGCUGGUUCAUCAUCUAGCGCAAGUGCUAGUGCUGCUAGUGCUUCUUCCUCAGGACCUAACGGUGGAGCAGGAUACUUUAACCAACAAGAAUCAGAAGCCGCAGCAGCCGCUGCAGCCGCUGCCGCCGCAAACGCCGCCACCGCCGCCAACGCUGCUGCAGCUGCCGCCAACGCCGCAGCCUCUGCUGCUGAAUAUGAUAAUGUUUACGGACCUGUCGUUGGAUCCGGUUCUUCAGCUUUUGCUUCAGAGGUACAAAGUGACGUUUCCGGACCAUUACCUAAAGUUAUUGUUAUAAACGAUGAUGACUCUGAAAGAUUAUCAUCUUCUCCUCUUGAUAAUGGUCGAAGUGCCGUCAGUAACGGUUUGUCGUCAGGAAACUAUGGACCAAGUUCAUUUGGAGAUAUAGUUGUAAUCAAUGAACUGAAUCCUGGUAUCAACUCCGGUGUCUCUUCCAUAUCUUCUGGUUCUUCCAAGGGAAUUUCAUCUGGACCAGUGAUCGCUUCCAGUGGAAACGCUGGGCUAGUAUCUUCAGCUGCAGUAGCACCUUAUGGCAAUCAAAGACAAUCCUCAAUCAUCAUCAUCAACGAGGACAAUGGCUCUGGUUCAGCAGCCUCAGCAAGUAGCUCUGUCGCAGUUAGUGGCUCGUCCGGUAGAAACGUACAAGGCAGAGGUAGAGUCCGUCAAGGUUGUAGACUACAGCGCAGACAGUUUAUCAUCAAAGUGGGACGACGAGGUGCAGUGUGCCGUAACUGUUAAGUCCUAUUCCACGUUUUGAUGUUCCGUUUAUUAAUUUUUGAUGAAAUAUAAUUUUU